AUGAGCAGCGACGAGAACCGCCACAGCGGCACUGCCACCCCUCCCCUCCCGACUUUUGCCAUUGGCGCUGUCGCCGUCGACAUCGAGCCGCUGACCAGAGACGUGGAGAGCGUGUCUCUCGACGACUGGAUUAGCGAGCAGACGGAGGAUGAAGGCCCCAUGAACCGGUGCUCUAAUCCUGGAGCGGCGAGCUCAGAGUUAUUCGAGCGAACAUUCGCCGCCCGUGCAGGAGACCAAACAUUUCAGUCGCAAAACGGCACUCACCUGGAGAACCGCGCCCGAGUAAUGAGCUACACAUAUCCCGGAAGAGGCGCACGGCAGACUCGAACGCCAGACAAGACGCAGGCUGGGUCUCUUGCCGAGGGGAUGUGGAAGAACAGUCCUGUCGAGGCAGCACCAACAACAGCUGCCACUUACCAGAAGACGGAGAGCGAGUACGCUUUCUGGUCUGUCAGUGGUAGCUCACGUCAGGUCGAUGAAGCGGUUGUCCAGAACUUCCUCGGCGCGGCAUACGUUCUCCUCGCCGCACAGGCUCAGGCAUCGCGCAAUAAUCAAACAGCACCGGCCACCCCUCCGUCGCUGCCAGCUAAGACUGAUCAUCACUUGGUUCGUGGCGAGCCUGAGGCAAAGCGCCCGCGUCUCGUAAGCUCCGGUAGGCCUGAGCAGUCGUCAGCUGAUGCCAGGCGCCGCGCAAUGACUCUGAUUUACCUGCAAGCUGACCCCCAGACCAACGAAGUGCGAGAGGUGCGCCCUCCGCCUCGCCCCGAGCCCGAGGUCAUCUCUCUGCUCGACGACAGCGAUGAUGACGAGGUAAAGAUGGAAGACAUCAAACCUCGCAUGCCCGCAUGUGACGGGGCGGACUCGGCCCUGCGUCUCGGACAGCAAGUCUGUCUCAGGAUCGUCCAACUCCGUUUCACGGGCGACUUCCGCACGCUCGUGUCCGGGGAGGAGAUGAGCUGGCGCGAAGUAGCGAGGGAACUGGAGCUGGAGGAAGGCGCUGCAAGGGAUGUGCGGAAGUUCGACGAGUGGCUCACGCGCCGCCUCAUGGAAACCGGGCUCGGGUGGCGCGCUGUUCUGAGGGGGAUUGGGUUCCGCCACAUGAAGCUUGAGGAGUGA